AUGAAGCACUUCUGUGAGCCCUGGGCAGCCCUUGCUGUGCUUUUCCUCACCGCUGCCCUCUGGGAUUCCUGCUCAGCAGCAGCUGAAGACAUCUCCAAUGUUUCAACAACUGAGUAUGAACCACCAUGUCUUAACGUGAACUUCUGCAGGCAAGCGGCCACAUGCUGCCCUUCGGGCAUGGAUGACUACGGGUGGAUUGCAGCAGCCGUCGGCUGGAGCCUCUGGUUUCUGACCCUCAUCCUGCUCUGCAUGGACAAGAUCCUGAAACUCCGGCCUGAUGAACCCAAAUACUUGGUGGCCUGAAGCAGAGCAAGCCAGCAAACAGCAGCACUGGGGAGCAGCGAGGUGCAGGCAGACUGACAAAGCAUUUCAAACACUUGCUAAGAAACAAAAAAGAAAUGGAAAACACCUUCAGCCAAAAAAGGCCAGAUCUAAGCGGGACAGCUGCUGAGGCUUCACCCUUUCUGGCAGGCUGGAGCUGCCAGCCAAGGUGUAAAGCAGGCAAGUCCCUGCAAGCCACCACAUACAUGCCAUGGUGCAAAAACCCCCACUUCUCCCUGAGCCCUCUCGUGCUUGCUGUGAGCACAGCAGGAGAGGCUGAGGGACCAGUUACCACCCUAUAUAGCACAUUGCCCCGAGACAACCUGGUGCAUGACCUUUGGGUUUGACACAGAAAGUGGGCAAAUAAAGCUAUUUUCUGGAGCAUCAACAUUACCAGAGCCAUUACUAAGCUAUAGGCUGGGUUACAUCACUAAGUGAAAUAAUUAAAUGACUUUACUGAGUCUUUCUCACUCACUAACCUACAAUAUUUAAAAGUCUAUUAACUGAUUCAUGGGAAGAGUUUCUUAUGGAAACUUAGGGGUGGUUUGGGCUGCUUUGAAAGUAAAACUCAUUUUUCAGAGCCAUUUAGAUAUGAACUGUGUUACAGGAAUUGAAUGUUGGUUGUAUUUAUUCAGCUUCCACCUGCCUGAGAAACUAAGCCAAGCUGAUCUGUGGCAAGCAGGUUUAAACCAGCAUGUCCAAUUCAUGCACAAAACUGUUCCUAUUUA